AACUAUUCCCUACAUCAAAAACAUUGCCCAAAUAAAAACCAAAACCAAGGGCUACAUAUCAUAGUCGAACCUAGAUAAACAUACACCAAAGCUGGUAAAAUAAAAUUGAAACCAAACCCAAGAAUUGAUAACCAACAACCAUAUUUAGAAGCUAAAUUCUAGGAUAACCAACUGAGCUUGUGUGUGAUAAACUGCAUCAUGAACCUGCUGGUGUUUGUAGCCUUGUUCUUCACUGCCUUCCUUGCAUUGCUUCGGUUAGGACUGCCCAGGUUGUACUGGUUUGUCCAUGGAGCUGUAAUGGUUAAGUGCUGAUGAAUAGAACACAACCCAUAGAAUGAUCCCCCCAAACAAUAGAAGUUUCCCAAGUAACACUACAACUGAACAUUUGACAUGUAAAAGCUUCCAAACCAGAACUACUAUGAGACUCAGCUCCCUGAUCCAAAAGAAAAGGUAAGUUCAAUCCAAACAAAAAGGUGCAAGUAAGAUUUCUCAAUUUCCCUUCACUAAAUACUAAGUAUCAAUUUCAAGUUAGAUUAAAGCCACUUAUCUAUCAUGCUAGAGGAUCCAAAGGCAAACAUCCUAUAUCGGGUUAAAAAAAGUAUGUCGAGCAUCUGCAACAAUCUAUGAGAACCAAACAGAGUGAUAAGGUCGAACCUAGCAUAGAACCAGGCCCAAAGCCAUGACGAAGAACAAUUAGCACUGUCACCGCAUCUAGAAAAUCAUCUGUCAGAGUAUACUGCCAAACCACAGAAUAAAAGCUCUUCUCUAAACAUCAAAAUUUAGAAGAUUGCAAGAGUUGAUUAUCGUUAUUACAUAAUAUAAUAUACUCUGUAAUUUAAAAUCAAUCCCUAUUUGGCAGCAUUUAAACAAAAUAUAUAACCCAGAAGAAGAAAAGAGCUAUGCAGACAAAGGCUUCAAGGCUGUAACAGAAUCUGUCCAAGUUUCUGAAUGCUAACUCCCACUCUGACAGGGCUAGAGUCUGAUGCAUAUGGCUUUCCAAUACAUGGAGGUUUUUAGGACAGGAUUGCAGUUGAACCAUAAGGAAAAAAGAAACAUUAAAUCGAACCAAAUACUUAAGAAUAGCCAGUGUAUCGGACCAUAAUGAAAAAAGAAACAUUAAAUCGAACCAAACAUUAAAUCCAGUGUAUAUGGUCAAGGCUGAAUUGGAAGAACACAAGAAACAAGAAUAGCCAGAAACUCAGUAAAUGAACAUAAAUGGCUUUCUAAAGAAGAUGCAUGCACCAGAGUCUUAAGGAAGAUAAUAUGAAGCCAUACCUGAACUUAUACUCUACUCAAAUAAAAUUGCCAAAAUUUGUUUUUAAAACCUACUAUAAAACUAGUAGGUGUGAACAAAAUUUGAUUCUUUCAUAUUUUUUAGAUAAAAAAAUUUAUUAAAAAAACUGAUCUAAAAGUAUAUCAAUAAAAAAUCAAAAAUCAAAUUGAGGUAACAAAAAUUAAGCAAAUAAAUCCACAUAAUUGAACAAUUAGAAUAAUUUCAAUCACAUAAUUGAAAUUAUUCAGAGUACUUUCAAGAGAUAUGCAAAGAAAUUCACAUAAUUGAACCAUUGGAGUAAUUUCAAGAUAAAGUAAAACCUAUAAAUUGGAGGUAGUAGAGAUUGGGGUUGUGAUGUUGGCUUCACACGGCGGCUGAGGCAGGCAUAUGCACCGUCGAUAAGUGGGAUGGACCGGGAUCGUGGUACUCUAUGAAGAUCGGAAGACCACUGCCCGGUGUCGAGGCAUCGACGAAGAAGAUAAGAACGACGGCUCAAAGGAACGACGAAGUGGCGAGAGAUAGUAGAAGCUAGAGUUGAGAAUAUUAACGAAGUAUGGAGUGUGUUGCAGGCUGGAAGCAGUGCACGGGCUGUGGGAUCCAACAAUGUGAAUGAGAAUAGUAGCCGUUCUCACUGGUAAAAAGAAAUAUUUGAUCUGUUCUCCUUCCAACUUGCAUCCUUGUCUACAUUUUCAAGUGUAUCGUAUACAUAUUACUGAAUACAUAUUUUUCUGGAAUGUUUGUAGGAUUAAGUCAUCCCUUAACAGACUUACUUCUCAAGUAAAAUCCUACUCAAUUGAUUUUCUUGUUAUUGAGCCAAUUGUGGCUCCAAAUAAGCUGGACUCCUACAUGUUUAAGCUAGGCUUCACGGACUCCUGGGAUGUUUUUUACAACAAGGUCUGGAUAUUUUACAAUAACGCAAGACUCUUUCUUUGAAAAAUCAAUGAGCUUGAUCAAUUGGUCAAUUGUACUUUUUGGGACAUUUCUAGUAGAGUAUAUGGAAAGCACAUAGGAAGAGAAAGAAGAACACUUGAAAAAUAUUAUUGACACCUCUGUCAUUUCACACCAAUGGUUUAUUGGCAGUGAUUUUAAUACUAUCACUUGUUUAAGUGAGCAUAAAGGCAAUACUCCUAAUCAUACUGAUAUGACUGCAGAUUAAUCACAAACCUCUACUAGUCACUUGCAUGAAGGUUCUUUUCCUCGGUUAGGUUAAUCUUUUGGUGAUUCAACUCAUAUAUGUUUUGCUUGCAGAUUAUCAUGGUCACAAUGGCAUCAAGAAUUGAAGGUUUAUUUUCCCCUGAUUCAAUGCUGGAUGGACAAAUAACUAAAUUAGGCAUGCUCAAUGGACAAUUAGAAUGUGAUUUUAAUUAUGUAAAGAUUAAAUUAUUAGAUGUUAU